CACACUUCAUAAGGGAGUGUGUGAGUGAUUAAGAUAAGACCUCUAAAGAUCAAGACACAAUAUAGAUAACAUUAAAAGAGUUUAGGUUCAUCUCUGGAGCUUUUUGGAUAUACUUUAAAACCAGAAAUAAGACGACAACCACAUCAAUUGUCUCACCUGCACUAAGUAAUCACUUGGCUGCACACCAACUUCCUUCAGGGUAAAGAAGCUCAAACACCUUACAGAAGAAUUUAGAGGCAGGUACAGAGAGCUGGUGAAAAGGAUGUCUUUAUGUGGCAGUUUUCUGUCUGACGAGCAGUUCCAGUGCUCCAUCUGCCUCGAUGUGUUCACCAACCCUUCAACCACACCGUGCGGCCACAGCUUCUGCAUGGCCUGCAUCAGCAGAUACUGGGACGGAUCCAAGGUGUGUCAGUGUCCUCUGUGUAAGAAAACCUUCCAGAAGAAGCCGGACCUCCACAUCAACAGGACGCUGCGAGAGAUCACCGAGCAGUUUAGAUCCAUGAGGGGAGCUGGAGUCGGAGGGGGAGGAGGAGAUGGAGCGUUACCAGAUGAUGUAUUUGAUGAGCUGAGGAGGAAGCUGCCUCAAACUCUACCAAAGCCGCCAGUGACGCUGACCUAUGAGGCUCAGUCCCAAGGUAACUCCAUCCCAAUGUCGUUAUCACCCACCACGACCUCACUGGCUUCUUCGGUACCGAACAACAGUCCGAUCGCUGCCCUGAACCACUCCUCCGGACCUCCGCCGCCUCCUCCCUCAUUCUCCCACUCCAGCGGCCGGAGAAGGUUCACCGUGAGCGGGGCUGCAAGCAGCCAGAGCCUCCCUCUCUGUGAGAUCCACCACAGAGGAAUACUGAUUUACUGCAGGACUGACCGAGUGUGUAUCUGUCCUGAGUGUGAGACCGAGGACCAUCAGGAUCACGACACGGUGACUGUCGAAGAUGAGUGGACGGAAACCAAGUCACAGCUAAGUGUGUUGGAGCAGGAGAUCAAGGAGAUGAUCAGACAGAGAAUCAGGAAGAUUGAAGAGCUCCGAAUGUCAGUGGCCGAUCUGGAGUUGGCGGUGGAGCGAGAGACAGCAGGAAGUGUCGGAAUGUUUUUCGCACUGGUGUCUGCCAUUGAGCGCUCCCAGGCAGAGCUGAUGGAGGUGAUGGAGAUGAGUCGGAGGGCGGCCGAGCACCAGGCCGACGCCAUGAUACGUCAACUGGAGCUGGAGGUCGAAGAACUGCGGAGGAGAGGCAGCGCCCUCGCCGAGCUCGCCCAGUCUGAUGACCACAAUCACUGUGUCAAGACGUUCCCCGUCCUCUCCAGCCCUCCACCUGCCAGAGACUGGUCCGGAGUGGCGGUGAACUCUGACCUGGGAACAGGGACCAUCUACAGGUCUCUGGCAGCGCUGGUGGAGAGGUUCCAGGAGCAGCUGAAGAAUAUCGCAGAAACAGGUUUUCCUCCCGCUGUGGUGGAGCCCAGUCCGGUCCGAACACAGCCCAGGAUGAGGAGGGUACAGGAGUACGCAGUGGAUGUAACGCUGGACUGCAACACUGCCCAUCCCAGACUGAUUCUGUCAGAGGACAUGAAGAGUGUGAGGUGUGGAGACAGACACCAGCUGCUUCCAGACAAUCUGGAGAGGUUCGACAGAGUCGUCUGUGUCCUGGGGAGGGAGGCCAUCUCCUCCGGGAGACACUAUUGGGAGGUGGAGGUGGGUGGGAAGACGGACUGGGAUCUGGGGGUGGCCAGGCAAUCAAUCAACAGGAAGGGGAAGAUUGACGUUACCCCAGUCAAUGGAUACUGGUUCCUCAGCCUAAGAAACAAGAACAAGUACGCCUUUCGCACCGAACCCUCCACAGACGUCCAUCUGAGCCUCCAACCACAUAAGAUUGGGGUAUUUGUGGACUUUGAGAAAGGACAGGUGUCGUUCUACAACGUUGAUGCUAAAAUCCACAUCUACACUUUCAAUGACACUUUCACUGAAUGCAUCUUGCCGUUCUUCAGCCCUUGUACUAAUAAAUCCGGAAAGAACGACGGGCCGCUGAUUAUCACACCGGUAAAUACGAUAGAGUGACGGAAAACACCUGAAAGUUACUUGUUGUUUCUUCUUCUUCUUCUUCUUUUACAUACUCAUGCACUGAGUGUUCCUGUAAAAAGAAAAAUAAUCCUUUUGGCAGAUGUUGGUCUCUGACUGUGAAUAGUUUAUAUAGGUGGAACAUUUUGAUGUAUCUUAAAUGAUUCACUGAUCAUUUAAUAAAACAAUCACAUUUUGCGACAAUCUGCAUGUCUGAAUUUGAGCAUUAUUUCUGUUGUCAUUACUUCAGGAUUGAAUUUAGAGGAACAGUUUGACUUUCAUUCUCUUGCUGAUAGUUUGAUGAGAAGAUUGAUACCUUACUUGCAUAUAUGUACAUAAAAAAUGAAGCUGUAGCCUUAGGCCUGUUAGCCUAGCUUAGCAUAAAAAUUGGGAGCAGAAGGAAAAACAGCUGGCUCUGUCCCCCUAUCUCUACCCUAAGAUAAGCAAACUGGCUGCUGACACAAGAGUGGUAUUGAUCUU